ACUGAGGCCCAAAGGGGAAAGCCUUCCACACAGAUCUAAGCCAGCUGCCUUGAUUUAAACACUUCAUUGCAAAAAGAGUGGAAGCAAGGGAUCCCCCCCCUACCAGUGUGCUGAAAGUACACUGGCAAAGCAGCUGCCCGCUCUGAAAACAACAGAAGAGCAGCUACGAAUGCUACAUUGAGACGUCUGCUGUUAGGUAGAAGCAUUUUGGGACUCCUUCUGCCUCAGAUACUCAGGACUCAAAGGGCACUUGGUGCCCUGAGAGUGGGUGUUCAAGCGCCCUGACCUCUGGGGUUAAACAGGAUCGGUUUGUGUGAAGCUCUGUGGAGGAGGGGAGGAGGGAACAGGCAACAGUUAGUGGGAGGUGGGAGGCCACUGUGGGGCUCCUGCACUGCUUAAGAAGGAGACUAGGCAGUCACCGGGAAGCGGGGAAAGAGAAGGAUAUGGCCACGGGAGAAAUCACCACACUUCCCUCCACACCUGAAGACGGCGGCAGCGGCGGCUUUACUCCUGGGGGCUUCAAGGAUCCCAAAAGGCUGUACUGUAAAAACGGGGGCUUCUUCUUGAGGAUAAAGUCUGACGGGAGUGUGGAUGGAAUCCGGGAGAAGAACGACCCCAACAUAAAGCUUCAACUCCAGGCAACUUCAGUGGGGGAGGUGGUCAUCAAAGGAGUCUGUGCUAAUCGCUAUCUGGCCAUGAACAGAGAUGGCCGACUGUUUGGAGCGAGACGAGCAACAGAUGAAUGCUACUUCUUAGAACGGCUUGAGAGCAACAACUACAACACCUACCGCUCCAGGAAGUACCCACACAUGUACGUGGCACUGAAGAGGACUGGGCAGUACAAGUCUGGAAGCAAAACUGGACCGGGUCAAAAGGCCAUUCUUUUUCUUCCAAUGUCUGCCAAGUACUAAUCUGUGAUCUGAUUGAGAAAUACUAACGUAUUAGUGACAGCAAUGAAGAAGAUGUGACGGCAAUGAAGACCAAGUGCUCCAUCAUCAUUGCCCAAAAAUAGCUGUGAUGCUUUUUCGACUGGUUCAUCCUGAACAUGUUACACAUCUUAUUCAGCUUUUACUUUCAAACAAUGCCACACAUUCACACCUGGCUGCUUCCCAGUAAAACCAGGCUUUUACUGUGGACCAGCCAACUGCUACGCUAUACUGCAGCUGGUGGGAAGGUGCCUUGCUCAAGUGCACCUCUAAAGUACGGCAGUGUUCAUUUUACUUACACAGAUCUUCCUCUCCAGCUGAGGGAUUUAAAGCAGCAACCUUUUGAUAAGAAGUCGGCUUCUUACCAUUUCAACUUCUUACUGGGUAAACUGCCGCAAGAUGUAGAGCAUAAAGAGGAAUAUUCAGUUAAAACAUGUCUCCUACAUAACAAGGGCUAAGAAAAUGCACCUAAGUCUUAACUUGAUAAAAGAGAAUUGUACUAAGUAACUGUAUUUAAGAAUUUUGUGCUAGAAAAGAGUUUGACAAAAUAAAAAAUGAAAAACUAAGCACACUAAACACAUUCAAAACAAAACCCAAGUCCUAAAUAUAGUUUAUUCUAAUUAUUUUACAUUACUCACUAUCUUUACAUGAUAAAUGGAUACAGUACAGGUUUCCUGAGGGUGCCAUUGUUUUUGAUAAAACUGUGUUCCCCAUAGCAUGGCACUGGAGCAUAAUUUGUACAGUUAUUAAAACCAGAUAAUUGUUCCAAAUCAUGUUUAGUUCAAUAAGGGAAAAGCAGUUAUCUUGAACAAAAAGAUGAUUUUUUACUUGUUUUGACCUACUACUACUGGCCACUUAUGUUGAAUUCUGCCAGUGUAUGUUCAGCUACUACUGGUGGUCAGCUUGUUAACACUAUCUAAAGUAAUCCUAGUUAAAAAUACAGCAGAAUUUAAAAAUUAAAUCAGCUGCUGGCAGUCACGGUCGCCCAACAGAUAUGGACUUCCAACAUGGCCACCAAAAAGUGUUAAAUACACUGUGUAAAACUCUUCAGUCCUGCAGGCACCGCAGUGGCAUAUCAUUUUAAAUAACCAUAACAUGAAUCUUGUUAUAGUUCACAGCCUAUUGCGCCACAUUUCUUCAAAGGUAACAGCUGGUGUGAAAAAAACACACUGCAAACAUAAUUCCAGUUCUAAAUACACUUUAAAUAUGACCUUGUGUCAAAAUAGCAAACCAUGAUAUGCUUGGUUGAUGAAUGCUUGUUGGCUUGCUAGGAUUUUAGUGUUGGGGGAAGCUGCCUGUGAUACAGCUGGUAAAACCUCCCUGAGUAGACGGCGGGAAGCUCCUCCAUGCUGAGGUCCACCUUGUUGAAGCCGUGCUCCAGGCCGUGAAGCAGAAGCCUGGCUAUGCGAGACGUGAUGGGCGUGGUGUCCUCGGUCCUGGCCAGCUCGGCGAGGUCCAGCCACUCGCAGCGCAGACACUCCUGAGUACAGAAGUUAAUGUCGUAGGUGAGAGGGCCGAGUCGGCAGAUGAUGUACAUGUCCGACAUGCCGAAGGCGCCUGGGUGGUUGUGCUGCUGCCGGAUGCUGAGCAGAGAUCUAAACUCAGCGUGAACGCCGGUUUCCUCAAAGACUUCACGAACGGCAGUGACACCUGAGAAAAUUCAUUAAAAUAUGAAUAAAUGUAUGUGGAGGCAUUUUCAAGAUCCUGAUAGAAAAAAAGGAAUUUAUGGUUGUUUUCCCUUGUCAGACUGAUGUUUAGAUGUGGGGAAAAGGGAAAACACAUAUAUUUUUUGUAAAGACAUAUUUGACGCUGCUUUAGGGUUGGGUCAUGUACGUACAUAAUAAUAUUAAAGCUGCUUUUAAAAUGUUAAAAGGUGAAUUUGGAGAUAUAAUUCUUUGCUUAUAUAUUAUGUGCCUUAUUUUGUACAGUUCAAAUGAAUGUAUAUGUAUCGUCUUUCAGCGUAACACUAAAUUGAAGGAUUUAGCUAGAUGUACUGUAUUCUUUUUUGGCUCUGACACUCACCAAUAUUUUCUCCUAGGUCAGACAAGCCACCGGGAAACUUCCAAGCAUUCUUUGUCUGAAAUACAAAGUUCAAAUUUGACAUCAAUUGUGAUAGAUGGCACUGCUGUAACUGUAUCUGAGAGUUAUAUCAACAUGACAAGAAAUAGCCAUUUUAGUUUCGUUUUGAGUCAUAACAUCUUCCAGUGUUGGCCAGUUUAAAGACACUUAUUUCUUUACUUUAAAGUGCCCAUAUUAUGUAAAAAUCCCUUUUUCUGGGAUUUGGGGUGUUAGUUUGUGACUCUGGUGCUUCCACGCGCAUACAAACUUGGAAAAAAAACAUCCAUGCUGUUUUGAGUGAGAUACGGUUUCUGACUGUCCUCUGCCUUCAGUCUCCGGGUCAGCUGUCUACGGCUUUCUACGUCACUAGCCGAGACGAGGUGGCUAACCGUAGCAUGCUAGCUCGUUCUGAAUGGCAAAACACUGCGAAAACAGACACUAGUUCACCAUAAUCUACAAAAGAACUGCUUACAAGUCCAUGCUCUGCAGGUAUCCCACGCAAAGUUGCAAGUGCGCCCUUGUCUAGAAGAAGUCUCCCAGUUAAUCCUGUCUUGGACUGACUAAAGUUGGAAAAACAGUAGCUAGCUGAUGUCAUUAUCUAGCUACUGCGCAUGUAUGACUCCCAACAAAGAUAGUAUAGAAGUGAGAUGUCUCACUCUGUAGCUAAAACAGAGACCCAAACAGGAUCUGCAGCAAUGUGCAGUACAACAAAAAUAUGGUGUUUUUUGAAAAUGAAACCAUCUAAACUUAUUCUUGUACAACUUCAAAAUACAAUUAUGAACCUGAAAAUGAGCAUAAUAUGGGCACUUUAAUUUAUUGGCACAGCCAUACGGUAUUUUCUUUUGUUUUAAGUAAAUCACAACAAGUAGUAAAUUAUGGCUUCAAAGGAUCAUCUUAUGUAUCUGAAUUAAUAAUUAUACAGGCAGAGAGAUGUUUAAUGCUCUAAUCUAUCUGAGCAUCUGUUCAUUGUGUGUUUUAUAUUUAGUGCCUCACUCUGGAGACUUUUACAUUUGAUGCGGUGAAGUGUGUCUUCCAAAACUCUUUCACCACUUAUUGAUAUUUAAUGACAGUAUGCUGCUGGUUAAAUUAUGAUGUCAGUGUUGUAUAUAUAUUUUUGUAGUUACUUAAAGAAUUUAGUAUGCAGUGCUUUCUCUUCACAAACUACUAUCUAUCUUAGAUUGUGUUUGUUGCAAAGUCUCUUUGUGAGGAACACUAAUGCACUACCGCAUAUAUUUUCAUGUAUUGUCAACAGAAUGCUAUAUUUUUGGAACGGUUUCUAAAAUGGGCUGGUGAGAAAGAAAUAAAGAGAUGUUUGUGCAACU